ACAAUCACAAUAAUUCGCGGAGAAUCAAUCACAAGUACAUCCUUGGAUGGGAAAAAGAGAAAUCUAGUAUGCUUUUUCUCUUUAAAGAAAUUUCUGAACUAGAAUUAGACAGUUAAGGGUACAUCAUACAGAGACAGACAUACUUAGACAGUUGAGCACAUGCAAAUACAUAAAUCGCCAGGUGCUGUCAUGGUUUUACACGGACAAAUCAAGCAUCCUAAUAGUAACACACAACUAUACAGACAAGGGCUUUCACAGAAGAUGGGCGCGUGGUAGGAACCCUGGCAACUGAGGGACUUUUAGGGGAGUGGGGAUGUUAUUGUAAGAAGGUGAGCAAAUGACCAAAAAAAAAAAAUAUUAAAAGAGGAGACUGAUGGGCUGGGCUGAGGUUUUGUUCAAAGAUUGAGACUUUCCCACCCCCAAACUGAAGGAUGGAGACUUACACCUUUUAUUUCUCUUUUCCUUUCUUCCUGUCUUCCUGACCCUGUUUCUAUCUGUGUUCGUCUGCCUAUCUUUCUCGGUGUCUAUGACUCCUGUGUCGUCUGCAUCUGUAUCUCUCUAUCUCUAUCUCCUUCCACCGUUUCCACCUGUCCGCACCACCUCAGGUCUCUCGGACUCGGUUCCUCAUACUUCUCCUCCCCCUUACAAUGCCCCCCAGCCUCCAGCCGAUCUCCCGGCCCCAUCUCUUCAGGCACCCUCCACCUCCCAUCACCACCAUCACCAUCACUACCACCAGUCGGGCACCGCCACACUCCCAAGAUUAGGGGCUGGAGGGCUGACUUCUCCAGCAGCUCCUGCUCAGCGGGGUCCCUCGUCCUCCGCUACCUUGCCCCGCCCUCCUCACCACGCCCCCUCAGGACUUGCUCCUGGGGCUUCCACUCCUGGGUGCGCUACCUUGCCCCGCCUGCCCCCAGAUCCCUACCUCCAGGAAACCCGCUUUGAAGGUCCGCUGCCCCCUCCCCCUCCGGCCGCCGCCGCCCCACCCCCACCUGCGCCUGCUCCUCCCGCUCCUGCACAGGGCUUUGUGGUGCCCACACACCCAGGUACCGUGGGUACGCUACCCCUUGGAGGCUACGUGGCCCCUGGGUACCCACUGCAGCUGCAACCCUGCACCGCCUAUCUGCCGGUCUAUCCUGUGGGCGCCCCAUACACAGGAGGAGCUCCGGGAGGGACUGGAGUGACCCCUACGCUUUCCCCUCCACCCUUGGGUCCAGGCCUAGCCCUGUUGGAGCCCAGGCGCCCACCCCACGACUACCUGCCAAUCGCAGUGCUCACUACAAUUUGUUGCUUUUGGCCAACCGGCAUCAUAGCUAUUUUCAAGGCGGUACAGGUGCGGACUGCUGUGGCCCGGGGAGACAUGGUGUCAGCAGAGAUCGCGUCUCGGGAAGCUCGGAAUUUCUCUUUCAUCUCCCUAGCUGUGGGCAUCGCAGCCAUGGUGCUCUGUACCAUUCUCACAGUGGUUAUCAUCAUAGCUGCACAGCACCACGACACCGACUGGGAUCCUUAGGAACUCUCCUUCUCCAGCCUGGAGACUCCUUAAACCCAAUUUCCUGGGAUACCCUUUCCUCUCCCUUAGUGAUGUCUCUCCAAUCCCCUAUCUCCCUCCUCCCCUCCUCCCGCCAGAUAUCCACCAAAUAAGACCAAGGAGCCUCCAAAGCUGGAAAUACCCCUAAACCUGACAAGGAUCUUUUCUACCAGAGUAAACAGCUAAACAGAUCCCAGGAAUUUCUUAAAUAUGGCCCUUGGGAAACCUCCACAUCCACUUCCCUCGAGACCCAGAACCUCUGCUGUCAGAUUAGGAAGCUUGAAGCUCUCCAUUGGUUCAGCUUAUCAGGAACCACAACCACCCCAGGGUCUAGAACACAAACUUCCCUUAUUUUUCUGGGUUAAUUCGAGCCUUAGAUGUCAAUCUCCUAUAUGGUCUGUCUUUAGACAUAGCAAAGCUUCUCCUUUGUCUUCUGCUGUUAGACUCUACUUACUUUUCAGGCUUUUCCCACCUGCUGAGGGACCUCUACUAAAGCUAGAUAUGCCUGUACAGUCCCAAGCUCCCAUGACAGCCAGGGAGGCCCUCUUCUCCUUGAUAUUCCCAGACUUUGGGUUACCCUUUAUGUAUGGCCUAAGAUAGAUGUUGGGAUCUCUGGUUCCUGAAGCACCUCCAAUCUCAUCCCAAGCUCCCCUUAUCUCACCCUUCCUAAGUAGAGGAGCCAGAAAAGGAGAGGGGAAUCUACAAAUUUUACUCCCUUUCUCUAGGUGAGGGAAAUCAGUCGUGCAGGGAUAGGCCUGGAUCCAUCUACUUGUCUUCUGAGGAACAUGACUCUCCAAUCCUCAUCUCCCUACCACCUUCCCAGGCUGCUCCCCAUCCUUCCCCAUACAGUGUUUGAUAAAAUGUACAGUCUCAAAGAUGGUGUGAUAUUCCCAAAGAUGAGAUUAAAGAAACUUUGUGAUUUUAUUGCCCCAGA